AUGGCACUGUUCUCACCAGUCAUCCGUCCGGAAUUCAAUCUCUAUGAGAGAAAAAAGCCACAACCAAGACAACGAACCAGAACCACUAACUCACAGCUGGCCCCAAAAAUUUCAACAGGAAAAGAAGGAACCUCACUCGAUUCACUUCUGGACAAACAUCAAAGAAUGAUGAUGCUUCGUACCCGUCGUAUGGAGUCAAGAUGCAAACGUCGCAGUUACACGUAUCUGGCCUCUCGUUGCCCUGCAAUCACCGAAAUGGACGAGGAAGAAACCGAGGACGACACUGGCCUCGGGAGGGCACAAGAAUUUACAACCGGCGCACAUCAGGCACCCGUCAUUGCUCCAAUCACGACGAUUCACGAGGCAUCGGAAGAGGAGUUCCCGCGGGUUGCACCGUCUAUUUCGGACACAUCAUCAUCCUCUUCUACGAGAUCGAAGAAGAAAAAUGUGCUGUCAUACAUCAACGAAUGGGUCAGAAGUCGUUCUUUCCGGAAGCAAAAGAAUGCAUCGGCUAAGGAAAACGGACCAUUCUAA